AUUCUAUUCCCCUCAUUAACGCGAUCUUCCUUUUCACAACUUGACUCUUUUCUUUGCAUCUCAAUAAUAACGCAAAGAGAUUUACAAUGUCUGACAAACAACGGGAUCCAAAGGAUCUGGAGGCCGCGCAGAGCCUUAUCCUCCUCUCCCUCAGCGAACGCCCUGCUCAGCCUUCUUCCUCUACAGCUACCACUGCCCUUGCAACCGCCACCGUCCCAGCCCAACAAAGUCAAAGAGCGAGAAACGCCCAGUCUGGAAAGAAGAAAAACGCUCCAAUCUGCCCAGGGGCUAAGUUUACCUGGUCGGACAACACGCACAUUGACCGGGCAAGCAUGAGAGUGGGCAAGGUUGAAAAAUCGAAGUUGCAAAUGAGCCUUAAGGCGACCGAUGGGAGAUGGCAUACAUUCGAGUACUUGAGGAAGGAUGAAGUAGAUUGGGACUCGAAAGCAUCGGUGUUGCUUGCCAACACCUGGCGCUGGCAGAUUUUCCGGCGGAGAUUGAACAAGCCCGACGAGUCUACCACCAUACGCAGACAUCGGUGGACCGCGGCUGAGGUGCAAGUUCUGCAGAGUAACGCCUCCCUCCUCCGCCGACCAUCCUCUAUGACGGCUCAGCAAUGGGCUGACUUGGCUGCCCUUCUUCCCAACCGUGAGAAGAAGUCCAUCAUAUCCAAGUUCGCGAAGUUGCGCCUGGGGUCACAGGCAAACAACUCGGAACAGGUAGAUCAUGAUAGCGAGGAUGAUGAGGAAGACGAGAUGGAGGAGGAGUUGGAGGACAAACACGGCGGCGAUUUGGAGCAUGGAUUGGAGGAUGACAGUGAUGAUGAGUUUGACGGCAUGCGCCCUUCUGCUCAGCCAGUGGGUGGAGUUCUCAUCUCGGCCAACUAACGAAUUGGAGGAUGAUAACGAUGACGAUUUUGAUAAUUGAUGGUGUUUUGGCGUUUAGAUAGUGGGUAGACUUCUCGGCUUUGAAUGCUAAAGGCGUACCGGUA